AUGGACUGCUGUUGUUACUUUGACAUUUUAGCCAUUAUUCUAGGCGCAUAUGUCUUAAUUCCGAAAAUUCUAGAAAUUGUGGAAGUCAUCAAUCACAGCUUUAUGUUCAAACAAUAUGACAUCAAGACUAGAUAUUAUGGUAAAGAUUCUUGGGCGUUGAUAACAGGAUGUACUUCUGGAAUUGGAGAAGAAAUUGCUCACAGACUUGGCUCAUUUGGAUUUAACUUAAUUUUAGUCUCAAGAAUAGCUGAUUUUGCGAAAAAUGGAGAGACUUUAGAGCUUUAUGAUGAUAUCUAUAAUAAGAUUAAGGAUUUAGAUCUCGCUAUUUUAGUUAAUAAUGCGGGAGUUAAUACAAGAAAUUACAUUAAAGAUACACCUUUAAAGGACAUUAUGGAGAUGGUUAUUGUAAAUACUUACCCUUAUACCUUUUUGACUCAUAAACUCCUGAGUAAACUUAAGGAAAGAUAAAGCAAGAGUGCUAUUAUUACAAUCAGCAGCUCAAUCACAGUUAACCCAGCAGCAUUUGAUGCUAUUUAUGGUUGUACAAAAAUCUUUGAGUUAUUUACAAUGGAAGGUCUAAGAUUAGAGAAUAAAGAUUAGAAAAAUUUAGAUUUUUUGAUUAUUAAUCCAGCUUAUGUAUCAACUAACAACGCAAGAUUGCAUCCUGGCAGUUAGGUUGAAACAACAUAGACAUUUGUUGACAGUUUAUUUAAGGCUCUUGGCAACACUUAAAUGACUUUUGGAACUCCCAAACACUGCAUAAAUGGUUUUGUCUUAAAACUUAUGUCAGGAUUAACUGCUAAUUUUAAUGCUUAUCAUUUCUUAUCAGAAAGAAUAAUAUCGAAAUUAGCUAAUUAGAUGUGGGAAAAGAGAACUUGA